GACCGCUCCGAAGAUAUACAUACAAAUACAAAUCUAUACAUACAUCGUUCUUCUCUAUGAUUCUUUCAGUUUUCAGCUCUCAUUUAUAAAUUAAAACCAACCAUUUUCUCAUUAUUUUAUCUUGACUUUGUAUUUUAAUUUUUAUAAACAAAUGGCAAAUGCAUCUGGGUUUUUGACACCAAGUAUCAGAAUACAUAAAUCUGUAUCUAUAGGUGGUCAUAACAAUAAUAAUUUGAAAAAUGGUUUAGUUAUUCGCUGUUCAAGUUCUUUUCAAGGUGUUGAAAAUCUCUCUCCUUCUGAAUCUCGCAUACCCAGACUUGUAAGCAAAGGGUGUAAACUAGUGGGAUGUGGAUCGGCUGUACCUAAACUUCAGAUUUCUAAUGAUGAUCUUGCUAAAAUUGUUGAUACUAAUGACGAAUGGAUAUCUGCUCGAACUGGAAUUCGUAAUCGACGAAUUCUUUCUGGUGAUGAAAGCCUGACAGGCCUGGCUGCAGAUGCAGCUCGAAAAGCACUUGAAAUGGCAGAAGUGGAACCUGAUGACGUGGAUCUUAUCUUGUUGUGUACGUCAACCCCAGAAGAUCUAUUUGGCGGUGCUCCCCAGAUUCAAAAAGCACUUGGAUGUAAAGGGAACCCGCUUGCAUUUGACAUUACAGCCGCUUGUAGCGGCUUCAUAUUAGGCCUAGUUUCAGCUUCAUGUUAUAUUCGAGGAGGUGGCUUUAAAAAUGUUCUUGUGAUUGGAGCGGAUUCACUGUCUCGUUAUAUUGAUUGGACUGAUAGAGGGACAUGCAUUCUAUUUGGUGAUGCUGCUGGGGCUGUUUUGGUUCAGGCAUGUGAUGUUGAAGAGGACGGUUUAUUUGGUUUUGACAUGCACAGUGAUGGCGAGGGCAACAGACACCUGAAUGCUGCGAUGAAGGAAAGCGAGACAGAUCAUGAUUUGGGUACAAAUGGUUCAGCCCGUGGGUUCCCUCCAAAUCGCUCAUCUUUUUCAUGUAUAAAAAUGAAUGGAACAGAAGUCUUUCGGUUUGCUGUUGGCAUUGUGCCACAGACCAUCGAGGCAUCACUAGCAAACGCUGGUCUUACUCGUUUAGAUAUUGACUGGCUGCUGCUUCAUCAGGCAAACCAGAGGAUCAUUGAUGGAGUAGCAACAAGGCUAGAAGUCCCAAAGGAUAGAGUCAUAUCAAAUCUAGCAAAUUAUGGUAACACAAGUGCAGCUUCUAUACCGUUGGCACUAGACGAAGCAGUUAGAAGUGGGAAAGUGAAACAAGGUCAAACCAUAGCGGCUGCUGGAUUUGGUGCUGGUCUUACAUGGGGUUCUGCUAUCUUGAGAUGGGGUUAGAGUCGUCAUUUUAACCAUUGUUUUGUAUACUUGGUGAGAGUGGGAAGGAAAGGAUGAAGAAAAAUGUUGUACAUUGUUUCAAAAUCUAAGAUCUCAUCAAUUUUUGUUAAUUUUGUAUUGUUUUGUUUUCUGUUUCACCAUCUUAAUUGUGAACUACCGAAAACCUUAAUAAGAUUUCAUUCUUUUUCGUCGUCCUA